CCAUGUCCAUGACAGUACCCAGGAAUCACACCAAUCUUCGCGAAUCUAAACAAUGUUCUCCUGUUUUUCUGGCAAUGCUCUGUAGUGAUAAAUUAUACAAAUGUUCGACAGAAGUAAGCAAUGUAAUUUAUCUCACAAAAUGAUGAUUCGGCUUAACAAUUUUUUGUAUGUUUUCAAUUUACGACAAGGGACAAUUCUUAUUGCCGUCCAUCAAAUCGCGUUGUCAUCUUUUGUUUUGAUAAUAUUGUUAGUCGGCAUAUCGCAUGUGGGAGAAAUGCUGUCGAUGCUCCAUACUGACAUGGAGGAUGAUGCUGAGAGUCGAGGGUUUUACGAAGUGGCUUAUGGGCAACAGCUCACAUUUCAUGAAGGAGACGUCAUUAGCACCAACAAUCAGCGCAGAUUUGCUAAGGCACAACACCUUGCUUCGGUGACCGUGAUUUUCCUAUACACGAGUACGAUCCUCACAUCCAUAUACCUGAUGUGCUGCAUCUCUCUGCUUCACGGCGCGGUAAAGUACAAACGAGAGUAUGUGCUACCUUGGAUUAUGGCUGCGUGCGUUGGCGUGGUUCUGCUCAUUGUAGCCAUCGUGGUGGGCGACGGCUAUCCCUGUGUGGUCAGCCUCUUCGGAGGCCAUAAUCUAUAUCAUUUUGGAUGUGCGCUCUUCGUUUUAACAUUUAUCUACGCUAUCUGCGCUGUGAGCAGUUUCGCACUGGAGACCGGCAGCGGCAGGUGUGCACGCACAUCGCGUGCUACCAGCGAUGAAAGAGGCGAACGACUGCUACUCCUAGACCACGCAGCACACUCUAGCUUACUUUCUGCAGCACAACUCAAUAAGCUAUCUAAUGCCACAAGAUCGCAAUUCGUCUAGGUUUUCUUGCUAUCAAGUAUAUGUUCCUUCGAGGCAGAAGACACGUGAUCGCUUGUCAAAUUUUAAUGUUGCAUUAAUUUACUCACACACAAUAGAAUAAUGAUGUGUGAAUAAUGCAAUCGAUAUAGUAAAUAAAUAACAAUUUAACUUCACUUUCAAUUAUUUCAAGCUUCCGUCCGGGAAAAGUGUUUAAGUAACUAUGUAGACUUACAUUGGUUACAUUUGUGCAUGUAAAAAUAAUACAGAAGCCUUAUUAUAUAAAAAAAACUGAAAUUAAAACAAUUAUUCAUGGAGGUAUUUAGGUAUCGUGUAUGUAUGAUUUUUCUUAUACUUACUGCAUAUAUUUUAUUGUUAGUUAAUGUAUUUUUUUGGAAAACUAUUAUGAAAGGAAGUCAGGUUUGAUUGGCGUAGUGGAUUUUUAUUGGAGCUCCCGUCUGGGGAAGUGCCUUCGCAUUACAGAAGACCGCCAUGGAAAUAACACAAUUUUGUAGGCAACAUACGACCGCAAGUGAUACUGUGGUCGCCUAAUACCAGGUGGGCCAUAAUGCUUGAUGGUUGCCACAAGAAGGCUAGUAAAAUGUUUUAUAUCCUUACUUUACGAUCCCUAGAUGCUAAGCUAGAUGUACAUACUUAUAUACUACGGUUAAUGUAAUAAUAACACUUAUUAAUAAUUUCAGCUUGAUUAAUUCCCACAGUAGCUAUCACAUACAAAAUAUAAGAAAGUUGUGCAGCUAAUUGGAAAAAUAAAAACUUAACUCCACAUGAUAGGUGGUGCUGCAGUUAGGUUUCAGGUAUUCUUUUAUAUUUUUAUCAGGUGGACUAUAAUGAAUAUUGGGUCGAUAAUUAAUAAUAAUACUGGUAAAAGAGAUAAGACAUGCCCUUGUAGCCUUAUUUGAUAAUCAUUUCAUGAAUAAUUUACUUUUACCAUAACAUACACCAAAUUGUAAAUGUUUUUAAUGUA